AUGGAGUCCCUUACCACUCACCCCUCCACUGCGCAACAGGCCAAAGCCUUCACCUCUCCUGCGUCGUUGUCAUUUCCCGGCGGCGCUGGAGACUUGACACCGCCCUCCUCUGAGAAAGACGGACAAAACCUCAAUGGUGGCUCCUACGCGGACGGGAAGAUGGGUCAGCCUCAGGGACAACUUGCACCACAAACCCCUGGCGCAACUCCCGGCGCGGGAGUGAGUGGUAUCGUGCCCACCUUGCAAAACAUCGUCGCCACGGUCAACCUUGACUGUCGUCUCGAUCUCAAGACCAUUGCACUCCAUGCACGCAAUGCUGAGUACAAUCCCAAGCGUUUCGCGGCUGUCAUCAUGCGUAUCCGUGAUCCCAAAACCACCGCUCUGAUCUUCGCGUCAGGGAAGAUGGUUGUCACUGGCGCCAAGUCCGAGGAUGAUUCAAAGCUUGCGAGCCGCAAGUAUGCUCGUAUCAUUCAGAAGUUGGGCUUCAACGCGAAAUUCACCGACUUCAAGAUCCAGAACAUCGUCGGCUCGUGUGACAUCAAGUUCCCCAUUCGAUUGGAAGGUCUUGCCUCGAGGCAUCACCCUUUCAGCUCCUAUGAGCCUGAGCUAUUCCCGGGUCUCAUCUAUCGAAUGAUCAAGCCCAAGAUCGUACUGCUGAUCUUUGUGAGCGGCAAGAUUGUACUCACAGGAGCCAAGGUCCGUGAGGAGAUCUACCAGGCAUUCGAGAACAUAUACCCUACGCUAACAGGUAAGCCCUGCUCGACCCGUCACAUGGUAGACCGAGACUGA